AUGGACUAUGCUGCUCUUGAUAUUAAAACAAUUGAUGACAACAUUGUUCCAUUAAGUCCAAUAGAAGGAGAGGAAGGAUCAGAUUAUAUCAAUGCAUCUUAUGUUAAUGGCUAUAAGAGGAAGAAUGCUUACAUUGCAACACAAGGAGCUCCCCUUGUAGUUCACUGUAGUGCUGGAGUGGGAAGAACUGGUACCUUCAUUGUGUUAGAUACUAUGUUACAGAGACUGGAACAAGAAAAGAGUCUUAACAUUUAUGACUUCCUUCUAGAGAUCACACAUCAAAGAGUCAAACUAGUUCAAACUGAA